ACGAGGGCGGGGCCGCGCCGAGCGGCCGGAGCCAGGCCUGAGCCCCAGCCGCCGAGGGCUGCCUUCCUGGGUCGGCGCUCUGCACAGGGGUUCUGGCAGGGCGCGGUGUCCGGUCCUGGGGCCAUGUCUGCGUUCGCAGGGUGCCGCGGUCCCGCGGAACUGUGCCCUCCAUCCUGGCCUGGCCGGCCACCCAUGUUCUGUUGGGGGUCCGGCAGGAGGCAGUGACUGGCAAUCUCUGUGUGUUCUGCCCCCCUCCCCAGAAAAAUAGGAGAGCCCACAAGAUGGCUGCUGACGUGCAGAGGAAGAGAAGCAGUGAAGGUCCCAACGGCACGUUGGCUCCUUCUGAUGGACAGAGUGUGGAGAGAGCUGAGAGCCCCACACCAGGACUGGCCCAGGGGAUGGAGCCAGGUGCCGGGCAGGAAGGUGCCAUGUUUGUCCACGCCCGUUCCUAUGAGGAUCUGACUGAAUCAGAGGAUGGAGCAGCUUCAGGAGACAGUCCCACAGAGGGUACUGGCGUUCCCUCACCGCUGCCUACCGACAUGCGUCAGAUCAGUCAGGACUUCAGUGAGCUGAGCACCCAGCUGACGGGUGUGGCCCGAGACCUGCAGGAGGAGAUGCUGCCGGGAAGCUCUGAGGAUUGGCCAGAGUCCCCAGGGGCAGCCGGGCGGCCAGGCACAGAGCCCCCGAGGGAGGGCACAGGUGACGGGGACGAUGAGGAGGCUGCAGAGGCGUGGCGACUGCACCAGAAGCACGUCUUCGUGCUGAGCGAGGCUGGGAAACCCGUGUACUCCCGCUACGGGUCAGAGGAAGCACUUUCCAGCACCAUGGGUGUCAUGGUGGCCCUGGUGUCAUUCCUGGAGGCAGACAAGAAUGCCAUCCGUUCCAUCCAUGCAGAUGGCUACAAGGUAGUAUUCGUGCGCCGGAGUCCACUGGUGCUGGUGGCGGUGGCCCGGACACGGCAGUCGGCGCAGGAGCUGGCGCAGGAGCUGCUGUACAUCUACUACCAGAUCCUGAGCCUCCUCACGGGCACCCAGCUGAGCCACAUCUUCCAGCAGAAGCAGAACUACGACUUGCGGCGCCUGCUCUCCGGCUCCGAGCGCAUCACCGACAACCUGCUGCAGCUCAUGGCUCGAGACCCCAGCUUCCUGAUGGGGGCUGCCCGCUGCCUGCCCCUGGCAGCCGCUGUGCGAGACGCCGUGAGCGCCAGCCUGCAGCAGGCGCGGGCGCGCAGCUUGGUCUUCUCCAUCCUGCUGGCACGCAACCAGCUGGUGGCGCUCGUGCGCCGCAAAGACCAGUUUCUGCACCCCAUCGACCUGCACCUGCUCUUCAACCUCAUCAGUUCCUCCUCCUCCUUCCGCGAGGGUGAGGCCUGGACGCCUGUCUGCCUGCCCAAAUUCAAUGCAGCCGGCUUCUUCCAUGCGCACAUCUCUUAUCUGGAGCCGGACACUGACCUGUGCCUGCUGCUGGUCUCCACUGACCGGGAGGACUUCUUCGCGGUGUCUGACUGCCGCCGCCGCUUUCAGGAGCGCCUGCGCAAGCGAGGAGCCCACCUGGCCCUGCGGGAAGCGCUGCGCACACCCCACUACAGUGUUGCCCAGGUGGGCAUCCCCGACCUGCGGCACUUCCUCUAUAAGUCAAAGAGCUCGGGACUCUUCACCAGCCCUGAGAUUGAGGCCCCGUACACCAGUGAAGAGGAGCAGGAGCGACUGCUGGGCCUCUACCAGUACCUGCACAGCCGCGCACACAAUGCCUCCCGCCCACUCAAGACCAUCUACUACACGGGCCCCAGCGAGAACCUUUUGGCCUGGGUCACAGGUGCCUUUGAGCUCUACAUGUGCUACAGCCCCUUGGGGACCAAGGCGUCGGCUGUCAGCGCCAUCCAUAAGCUGAUGCGCUGGAUCCGCAAAGAAGAAGACCGUCUCUUCAUCCUCACGCCCCUCACCUACUGAUAAGAGCGGGUGUGGGCUCGGCCCUCCUAGGCCCACUGGGCCAAGAGUCAUGGAAGCCUCCAGGUGAAGCUCAUCUCUUUGACCAAGCAGCAGGCAGGGACUGUGGGCUGGUGCUUGCAUUAAAGGGCUUUGGGAAGACA